AUGCCUCGCAGAGAGGUUUUUGACGAGGUUUUGGGAAGACUUUUGACGUGGCGGGUACACCAAGCUGUGGGAAUUGCUUCGCUCGGUCUUCGAGAUCCCGGUCUUGUCCUGGUGUCCUGGUUGGUCUUGUCCACUCUCACGGAGGCCGCAGGAAGUGCAAUCGACAGCUUUCUGAAGGCGACUUCUGAGAAAAAGCGCGCCGGAGAAGAGCUCCUCGGGAGGAAACAGCGUUCGGAGCUGCUGCGGUUGGUACAGACUGUGGCAGCCGACACUCUGGCCAUCCCAAUCGGACACUUGCCACUGGCGGCUCCUCUCGGUGCCGACUCAGCGACGGCAGUGCGUUUCAGCGUCGCCUUGGAGAAAGAGCUGAAAGCAGAUCUUGCUGGGAAGAAACUGCCGGCGACGCUCCUCUUCGACUUCCCUACCUUGACCGAGAUUGCGGAGGGCCUUCCAGAACUACUCGCUGGCAAAUCUGCGAAGUCGGUGCAUGCGCAGCAGGUUGGGUCCGCGGAUCUCCUCAUCUCGGCUUUCAGCUGCGAGCUGCCCGGGGCGAGCGACUGGCAGGAGAUUUGGCCAAGACUGCAAGCAGAGGUGGAUGAUGUUCAAGAAGUUCCUAUCUGCAGGUGGGAUUGGGCUGAUGCCGAGAUGCCUGGCGCUCGCCAUGGUAGCUUUCUUGAAGGGGCAGACCUUUUCGACGCAUCCUUCUUUGGUGCCUGGCCAAGUGCUCUCAACUGA